CCUAAGGCCUUUCUCCACCUCAUCACCAGUCAUACAAACAGAAACCAGCGCAACUCAAGCCUUCUAGCUACACCUCAAACAAGCUAAGAAACAAGAUGGCGUCGAUGGAGACCAAGAACGAGGUGGCUCAGGAGAAGUACGGCAAGGACUUCGAGGAGCUGAGCGGCAAGGAGCGCCAAAGCGUGGGCGGCACCAUCGGCGGCAACAUCCGCAAGGAGGAGGGAACUGACUACUCCGAGAUGGGCAAGGAGGGCGGCAAGGUGAUUCACGACCGCGCCGAGGAGGCGAAGACUGGAGGCAGCGACGAGUAGACACUAGGCCGGCUGCUGUGAUAUGGUGGGGCAUGAGUGGGCCUAAGGCUGGGGCUUAGCUAAGGCUCCAGGCGAUGAAUGUGACAGGUGUCGGCAGUUGAAAUUGGACUGAUGUAGUGAUGCUCUUGUGGAGCAGUGGCGGAGGUAGUGCACGGCGGCUAAACAAAAGGCCUAGGUGCGUUGGGCAUUGCAAAGGUGGCGUUGACCAAUACCGUUAUCUGCACGGUGCUGUCCUACCAUGACCAAUACAUGCCUGUGACAGUGUGAUUGCCUGAGCUAUUGACUCGCAUGCCACCUCGGUUGGUGCAAUGGUCAACGUACGCGCUUAAUCCCGCCACAGUUGUAACCAAACGGUGUG